AUGAACUUGGAGCGCCGGUUCGCUACGAACCCAGAGCUGAAGAGGUUGUAUUGCGAGUUCAUGGAGGAAUAUGCGUCGAUGGGCCACAUGGAGAGAGUGAAUGAGGAGGAACUGUCUGGAUCAGUGUGCUACUUUCUGCCGCACCACGCUGUAUUGAAACCGGACAGCACAACAACGAAACUUCGCGUUGUAUUUGAUGCUUCGUGCAAGACCACCUCCGGCGAUUCCCUCAACGAUGGGUUGAUGGUAGGCCCCGUUGUUCAGGACGACCUGAUCUCGAUACACGCUCGUUUCCGUCUGCACCGAAUCGGCAUAGUAGCUGACGUAGCGAAAAUGUACAGGAUGAUCAAAAUGCAGCCAGGAGAUCAGAAGCUACAGCUGAUUUUGUGGAGAGCCACGCCAGAGGAACCUAUCCAGGUGUUCCAGUUGACGACCGUUACGUACGGAACCGCAUCAGCUCCGUUUUUGGCUACACGUUGCCUAAUACAGCUAGCAGAAGAAGGUCAAUCUACCCACCCAACCGCAGCGAAAGUAGUCCGAAAGGAUUUCUACGUCGAUGACAUGAUCACUGGCGUCGACAGCCCUGCUGAGGGCAAGGCGUUAGUUGGGGAGAUGAUCAAGCUGACCGAUUCUGCCGGUAUGACGUUGAGAAAGUGGAACUCGAACUACGGAGAAGUGCUGAGUGAGCUGCAACCGCAUCUGCGAGAUGACCGAGUCGUAUUCGAGAUGGAUUCUCCACCGUCAAACGCUACCGUGAAAACGCUGGGCCUUGUCUGGUGCCCUUCAUCCGACGAUUUCUACUUCACGGUGCCAAAGUGGAAUACGACACCGGUAGUUACAAAGCGAAUUGUGAUUUCCGAUGCAUCCAAGCUUUUCGAUCCUUUGGGACUGAUAGGACCAGUGGUCGUCGAAGCCAAGAUCUUCAUCCAAACUUUGUGGAAGUUGCUUGUAAACUGGGACGAUCCGCUCCCGGAAAACCUGCAAACUAUUUGGUUGGAGUACCGCAGGAACUUGAGUGCUCUCGAGUCCAUCCGUAUUCCACGAUGGGUUGGUUACACCAAGGAGUGCACUACGAUCGAAUGGCAUGGAUUUUGCGACGCUUCCGACAGCGCAUACGGCGCGUGUCUGUACCUCCGAUGCAGCUACGAGGAUGGCUCUGUGCGCGUUCAGCUGAUGAUGUCCAAGUCACGAGUCGCGCCAUUGGAGGAUUUGAAGAAGAAGAAGCGCAAGCAGUCGACGCCACGACUGGAACUUUCAUCCGCUCUUCUGCUAAGCCAUCUUUACGAAAAGGUCAGCCAAGCCACUGGACUGACAAUUCCGUCGUUCUUCUGGACAGAUUCGAACAUUGUGAAGCAUUGGAUUGCGUCCACACCAUCCAGGUGGCAGACCUUCGUCGCGAACAGGGUGUCCGAAAUCCAGCACCUGACGAAAGGUGGAGUCUGGAAUCACGUCGCAGGCAUCGAAAAUCCAGCAGACGUACUGUCGCGAGGUAUUUCGGCCACGCAGUUGGAAUAUCACUCCCUCUGGUUCAACGGUCCAGUUUGGCUGCGUCAAGAACGAAAGUCCGUAGCCCUACCGCUGCAAGCAGCAACUCCGAACGAGAUCUUUUCGCUCCGCUCGUCACUGUUCGCUCUAGUCCGACUGGUAGCGGUGAUGCGUCGCUUCCGUCACAACGCCCAGAGAGCUAACCGAAAUGCCCGGAAACUCGGUUCAGUCAGCACGCAAGAAUACGAAGAAGCCCUGUUGCAGCUGGUUCGUCUGUCGCAAGAAGAAUGUUUCCCGGAGGAGAUUGCAAGUCUGUCCCUGGAGGAUCAGGUGAAGCAGUCGUCAAGAAUAUCGUCUUUGAAUCCCAAACUACGAGAUGGGAUACUCCGCGUUGGCGGCCGGCUCCGGAACGCAUCGGUUUCCGAAAAUCGGAAGCAUCCAAUGAUCAUCGAUCACCGUCAUCCCCUCGCAACGUUGGUAGUUCGUCAUUACCAUGUGAAGAUGCUUCAUUCCGGACAACAAGUCGUCAUUGCAAGCGCCAGAGAACGAUUCUGGAUCCCAAGCAUUCGGAACCUCGUGCGAAAGGUCCUGCAUGAGUGUAUUACCUGCUUCCGAAUCAAACCAAGAUGCCAGGAACAGCUGAUGGCAGAGCUGCCACCUGAAAGGGUCAACCCGGCACCACCGUUCCUCAAGGUCGGUGUAGAUUAUUGCGGCCCGUUUCUGGUUACCUACCCACAGCGUCGCAGUUCUCCCGUCAAGUGCUUCGUAGCGAUAUUUGUCUGCCUCGUCACCAAAGCCGUUCACGUGGAGUUAGUCGCCGACCUCACCACGGCCGCGUUCCUAGCGGCCCUGCGGCGUUUCACGGCCCGUCGAGGACGUCCAGCCGUAAUCAUGUGCGACAAUGCCAAGAACUUUGUUGGAGCCAGGCGGGAACUUCGGCAACUGUUAAACCUGUUCGAGCAGCAGCAAUUCCAAAACGCUGUAGCCAGCAACGCCGCGGAUGAGAGAAUCGAGUUUAAGUUCAUCCCGGCCAGAUCGCCUAAUUUCGGUGGUCUGUGGGAAGCAGCCGUAAAAAGCUUCAAAAACUGCUUCAAAAAGAUCAUCGGAACUCGGACUCUCCUGUAUGACGAGAUGCAGACGGUGCUCACCCAGAUCGAAGCGGUUCUAAACUCCAGGCCCCUCACACCACUCAGCAAUGAUCCUGGAGACUUCGAGGCGCUUACGCCAGGACAUUUUCUGGUUCAACGUCCACUGACGGCGAUUGCUGAACCCGAUCUGGAGAAUGUUCCAGCUAACCGUCUCUCCGUCUGGCAAAGGGCGCAGGACUACGGCCAGCUGCUCUGGAAGAAGUGA